GCCUGCUGAGGAUGAAAACGCUCUGCUACGAUUGGAGGCAAGCUAUCAGAGAGCUGGCCUGUGGGAACAAGCACCGCCCUAGAACACUGAACAAUAACGGCACAGUGAAAGCAGGGAAGUUUCAAGGGGAGCUGCAAGAAGAGAUGCUUCUCUGAACUAUUCUGGGGCCCAUGGAAGACAAAUGGAUGUUGCCAGGAGGUGGGGACACUAUUCCUAGAGAGCCCCACCAAGAGCACAUCGCUGCAGCAGGAGCUCAGACCCAAUGAAGGCCUGAAGGCACCCGCAGGUCUUGGCCAUGUCAAACACACACUACGUGUUGCUGCUUUUCCUGGGAUCCUGCCUUGGGGUGGAAAUCACAGAAAUAAAACUUGCAGCAGAAGGAUCCUCUGUCAUGAUGCAUGCACCAGCAAUCAGCAAUACAAACAUCACAGAGUGGGAAUACAUAGAGGGCAACACACCCAAAUUCAUCUUGCAGUACUAUGCCAACUCACAGUCUGCAGUCGUUUACACAGCAUACAGAGACAGAGUGGUUUUCUACCAAACAAAUGGCUCGCUUUUCCUGCAGCAGCUGCGGGAGGCAGACAGUGGCCUCUAUAAAGCAACAGUUGACCUGAUGCAGGACUGGGCUAGGACAACUAUCCUGGAAGUAAUCAAGCCUGUACCCCAGCCCAAACUCCUGAAGAGCUCAAACCUGAACAGGUCUCUCAUCAAGCUGAUCUGCCUGCUGCCCAAUGGAACCAUGGCUGCUGUCUCUUGGAAGAAGGAUGGACAUUCCCUUACCCCACAAAAUUAUUAUCAGCUCACUCAGAACUCCACUGAGUUGUGGAUAAGGAAGGGAGACAAGUCAAACUGCGGCUCCUACUCCUGCAACGUCAGCAAUGCCGUAAGCUGGGAAGAGGCAACCUUCAACCUCAUGAUAGCAGGUCUCUCGCCUCCUCUCCAAGUUGCACUGAGGAUGACAGUGGCUGCACUGGCUCUCACUGUCAUCACUGCCAUCGGCUUUGUCAUCUGGCUCCUGCAGCCGGGGAAGCACAGACUUGGAAAAGAAGCAUGGACAUGGCUAGCUCUACCCAUCAAGGGGCUGCUGGGCAUCUCAUGUCUUCUCCUGUUUGUCACCUCUGUCAUCUGGAUGCAGGAAGAAGGUCCUUCUGCUGCCUUCAUCCUACAUGGGCUUUGCUUCCUUGCUGCAGUCAUGACUGUGGUGCUGAUCACCAUGAUCUCUCAGUGCAGACCAGAAGCACUCCCCCAGCGCCCAGCCCAGACCUGCCAUCAUGUCAUCCUGUGCAGUACAGCCAUGACACUGGCAGUCAACUUGUCAUUCUCCUGCCUCUUGCUCCACAACUUCCAGCAGGUCCAUGGCUGGUGCUUCAGGAAGGGCAUCUGCACUCAUUGUUGCCAAGGCAAGCCAUGUGCUGAGCAGGGAAGGAACAGCAGGGCAAGGUUUGCCCCUGGAGCUCAAAUGUGUGAAAUAGCGUGGCUGCUCAGAACCUGUCAGUGUGAUUGCCAGCUGCGUCCUUGCUGUCCUGGCAGCUCUCCUGUUGUUCUCCCUCUGUUGGGAAAGAAGAUCGUGAACGGAACCAAGACAAGGAGAGCAAACAUUCCCUUCACCAUCCUGGAGAUGACAUCACACAGGAGCCAGGCUAAAAAAGCCUGCUGUCCAGCAGAGUUUGGAGCAAAAAUUCAGCCAAAAUGUUAAAAAAAAAAAAAAAAAAAAAAAGUAAAAAAAAAAAGUUACACAUUCCAGAUUUAGCUGUGGACAGAUCUGAGAAGUUCUGUUCAACUGUCCCAGCUGUGAUGUAUUGCUACUAUUUGUCAGAUAAGAGCAGUACUGGCCCAGCCAAUACCUUCUGGCUUCAAAAGAUUCCUGUCUGUUUUGCUUUUAGCUCAGCUUCUGAGAAUUUCCACUUCCUGAACUGCUUUCUUGCUGUCUCCUUAUAUGGUGCCUUAUAGCUGUAGCUGCUGCGCUCUCAGGCCUCAAGUCUUUAUACGGCUUUUAAAGCAUUCCAGACCUCAAGUGCCCUGAGUUGAUUUCCAUUCCACUGAGCCAGCCUUGUCCCACCUUGUCCUACUGUGUGUUAUCAGUGUGCAGUGGGUACUGUGGGCUGACGCCAGGACAAGGCGAGGGCGCAGUGCAGUGCUGACACAAGUUAUGCCAAAUAACUGUGUGCCUUCUGUUACACUGGCUAAGGAUAGUUCUGUGAACAGUGAAAAAUACGCAGCUUUGCCUUCAGUUCUGAAAAAGAAAUUUGAGAAUAGGCUUCAAGAUUGCAAAAAAAUUUAUCAACUUAUGUUUGAAACUCCAGUUUCAGUCGACAUGAAUUCAUUAGCUGUUAAUUUUCAAAUGCAGUGCGUUGAGUUGUGAUCAGACAUUCGACUCCAAAAUCUGAUCAUGUCUCUUAACCAGAUUUUCAGAAGCCUUUUCUUACCAGAGAGAAAUACUCCUCAGUUCACAGUCAUGUCUUUUUUAUGUUACUGCUUGUUGAUACUACACACAUUUGUGAAAAAAUAUUGUCAAGAAGAGUCAAGAACUUCCUUGCAUGGGAAGAGUAAGAUUUAAUCUUUGAUGAACACUUUGAGAACUCACUAAGAAUUGCAACCACUGCCACUGAAGCAACCUGAUGCAUCAGUUUCACAAAAACAAGGUCAUAUAUCCCACUAAUUUUGUGGUUUUAUUGAUCACUUUUUUAAAAGAUGUUUUAAUUUUUAAUUUUUAAAAAGUAAAUUUUGUUACUUAUAUACAGUAGCUGUAAUAUUUACUUACUCUGAAAACAAUGCCACCUAUUUUAUGAUGUUGGCCUGUGAUGUUAGAGGCAGAUGUUUGUAGGAUAGCAGUAGAAGCUGAACCUUCCCACCAGUAUUCUGUUACAUGUUGCUGUGUGACAGAUGGCAGGAGAGGGCAGUGUGACCAAAUGGUGUCUGACACGGAAGGGCAUAGGACCAAAGAUGUGGAAAAAAUGGUAACUAUUGACAUUCAGCACCUGGUAAACGUUUGUGGAGACCAAUCAGUGUAUGUGAGCACAGUAAGGAGGUGGGUGGUGCAUUGUGACAGUGCAGUGAGUCACCUCCACUGGUGCACAUUUUGACGAGCAUGGCAUGCAGGCUUUUGUUCAUUACCAGUAAAAAAGCAUAGCUAAUGGUGGUAACUAUGAUGAAAAAGAAUGCUUUCUAGCUAGUAAUUUUAUCUAUCAAAUAUUGCUUUUGUGCUCAGUUUAUCAGUUGCAGUUUCCAUGAAAAUACAUGAGAAGUACCUUUGGAUACUUUUGGAGUGACCUAUGUAUACGCAGCUCAAAACAAUUCCUCUUCACUCAAUGUGGUCAAAGGGUUGGACACCAGCUCGCUGACAUGUUCGUUCAUGAGUAAAAAGAAGGAAAACCCA